UACGUACAUAAAGGGCUUGAGUCAGAUAUCGACAACACUCUCGCAAUAACCAUUGCAAUGGCUGAAAUUCAGUGCGUCGUUUUCACGACCUUGCUGCUUUUGAGUGCGCUCACCUGCGUUUCUGGUAAAAUAGGAAAAUGUGAGAAGAUCAAAAUACCAUUGUGCCAAGGCAUUGGCUACAACUUCACUUCCAUGCCAAACAUGUUCAACCACGACACGCAGGAAGAGGCAGCGCUUGAAGUUCAUCAAUUUUGGCCGCUAGUAGAGAUCAAGUGUUCGGCGGACCUGAAGCUCUUCCUCUGUUCCAUGUUUGCUCCAAACUGCCAGCCAAACGUCAAAAAAAGAGUUCCACCAUGUCGUUCGAUUUGUGAAAGGGCAAGAGAUGGUUGUGCACGUUUAAUGCGUCAGUAUGGCUUUUCUUGGCCCAAACGCAUGAGAUGCAAAACGUUUCCUGAACACGGUGGCGAUGAGCCGUGCAUGGAAGGAAAUGGAAUUGUAGCGAACGGAACGUCAACGACAGCUCAUCCUUUAGAGCCUGUUCCUCUAAAGAAAACAACCCCAUUUAAGAAAUGUGAGAAGAUCAAAGUACCUUUGUGUCAGGGCAUCGGCUACAACUUCACCUACAUGCCAAACAUCUUCAACCACGACACACAGGAAGAGGCGGCGCUUGAAGUUCACCAAUUCUGGCCGCUAGUCGAGAUCAAGUGUUCGGCAGACCUGAAGCUCUUUCUGUGCUCCAUUUAUGCUCCUAUAUGUCAGCCGAGCUAUAGGAAAGAAAUUCCCCCAUGUCGAUCGCUUUGCCAGAAAGCAAGGGAAGGUUGUGCCCCUCUUAUGCGCCAGUACGGCUUUUCGUGGCCCAAGCGAAUGAGAUGCGAAAAUUUUCCGAAACUCGGCCAAAAGAUAUGCAUAGGACCAAACAGAAAUUCAGCUAAAGGAUCCGUAACGACACCUUUACCUUCAGUCACUGUAAAGAAAUGUAGAAGGAUAAAAAUACCUUUCUGCCAAGGUAUUGGCUACAACCGUACCUCACUACCAAACAUCAAGGAGGAAGAUGCCGUCUAUUUCCAACAGCUCAGGCCACUAUUUGGAUGCAAGUGUUCUCCAAAUCUGAAGCUCUUUCUUUGCUCUAUGUACGCUCCUGAAUGCCGACCGAAUGUCACAGACCCACUUCCUCCUUGUCGCUCGACUUGCAAACAAGCGAAGAGAGGUUGUGCUCCUUUCAUGCGCCUACAUCACGUUCGCUGGCCAAAGAGAAUGAGAUGCAAAAAUUUUCCAAAAGCUGGCGGCAAGAAGUCGUGCAUAGACCCGAACGGGAUUGUACAUAAGGUUUAUCACGAUUUUGACAAGAAUUACGUACAUAAAGGGCUUGAGUCAGAUAUCAACAACACUCUCACAAUAACCAUUGCAAUGGCUGAAAUUCAGUGCGUCGUUUUCACGACCUUGCUGCUUUUGAGUGCGCUCACCUGCGUUUCUGGUAAAAUAGGAAAAUGUGAGAAGAUCAAAAUACCAUUGUGCCAAGGCAUUGGCUACAACUUCACUUCCAUGCCAAACAUGUUCAACCACGACACGCAGGAAGAGGCAGCGCUUGAAGUUCAUCAAUUUUGGCCGCUAGUAGAGAUCAAGUGUUCGGCGGACCUGAAGCUCUUCCUCUGUUCCAUGUUUGCUCCAAACUGCCAGCCAAACGUCAAAAAAAGAGUUCCACCAUGUCGUUCGAUUUGUGAAAGGGCAAGAGAUGGUUGUGCACGUUUAAUGCGUCAGUAUGGCUUUUCUUGGCCCAAACGCAUGACAUGCAAAACGUUUCCUGAACUCGGUGGCGAUAAGCCGUGCAUGGAAGGAAACGGAAUUGUAGCGAACGGAACGUCAACGACAGCUCAUCCUUUAGAGACUGUUCUUCCAAAGAAAACAACCCCAUUUAAGAAAUGUGAGAAGAUCAAAAUACCUUUGUGUCAGGGCAUCGGCUACAACUUCACCUACAUGCCAAACAUGUUCAACCACGACACACAGGAAGAAGCGGCGCUUGAAGUUCACCAAUUCUGGCCGCUAGUCGAGAUCAAAUGUUCGGCUGACCUGAAGCUCUUCCUGUGCUCCAUUUAUACUCCUAUAUGUCAGUGGAACUAUGGGAAAGAAAUUCCCCCAUGUCGAUCGCUUUGCCAAAAAGCAAGGGAAGGUUGUGCGCCUCUUAUGCGCCAGUACGGCUUUUCGUGGCCCAAGCGAUUGAGAUGCGAAAAUUUUCCGAAACUCGGCCAUAAGAUAUGCAUAGGACCAAACGGAAAUUCAGCCAAAGGAUCCGUAACGACAUCUUUACCUUCAGUCGCUGUUCUUCCAACGAAAACUUUGACCGCUCCAAAGAAAUGUAAAAAGAUAAAAAUACCUUUCUGCCAAGGUAUUGGCUACAACCGUACCUCACUACCAAACAUCAAGGAGGAAGAUGCCGUCUAUUUCCAACAGUUCAGGCCACUAUUUGGAGGCAAGUGUUCUCCAAAUCUGAAGCUCUUUCUUUGCUCCAUGUACGCUCCUGAAUGCCGACCGAAUGUCACAGACCCACUUCCUCCUUGUCGCUCGACUUGCAAACAAGCGAAGAGAGGUUGUGCUCCUUUCAUGCGCUUGCAUCACGUUCGUUGGCCCAAGAGAUUGAGAUGCAAAAAUUUUCCAAAAGCUGGAGGCAAGAAGUCGUGCAUAGACCCGAACGGGAUUGUACAUAAGGGUGCAUAAACAAUACCUCCAUAACAACAUCUGCAGCUACUACCAAACAGAGCGGAGAACCAAAAAGACUGACUUUUAAACCGCAACAUUUGGGCGCCAUUUUCUAAUAUUGGACGUCAUUUAUAUCAUUAAUCAUACAUCGUCAUAUUUUGCGUUAGAUGUGUUAUUUGAAAAAACAAGCCAUACGGUAAUGAUGACGUGGAUUACCGAAAGCUUGCAAUUUUGAAUCUUAAAUUUCAUAAGCAGUUUUAAGCCUUAUUUGAACUUUAAAAUUGAUCGUUCAAGUUCACUUCUACUCUUCUUCUAUUUCUGAGAAAGAUGUGCGCUAGCGGAGAAAAGUAAAUAAAUAUUAAUUUGUAUUGAGGUCAAAGUAAAAGUUAUAUGAAAUAUAAUUUUCAAAUGUGAUGGGAAGGUUGUCUUGUAAAGAUCCCUUCCAUAUAACAGUCAAGUUUUAAUUACCCCAUAAAAAACAAAAAUAUCAGUAAUCUUUGAAAUAAAAGUUAUAUUCAUUGUUUUUCUUGGUCGACCAGUGCACAAAAAUCCAAUUUGUGUGAAAUAAAUA